GCCGAGGGUAAGAUAUUCCAGGGGGAUUACACUAGAGAUUUUUUUUUAUUUGUAUUUUCAUCACACAUUCUUACAGACAAAGGAUAUAUAACAUACAUUUACAAGAGUUAUCUAAAGACAAAGUGGUAACCGGGGUGAGAAUAUUUAUUAACUCUAAAUGAUUGGUGGGGGGAUAAAGUUAAAUAAAAAAAAAAUUGAAAAGAAAGGGUAGAUACACUUUAAAGCUUUUCCGCCUCUUUUUCACCACCGUCACCACCCUUAUAGCUCGUCAGUGCCUCCUCGGUAGCUCUUUAAAUCUCCCACUACCAAUUGUGCAACUUCUGCAAAAUCUCUGCAAGAAGUUUCAGUCGUUGAAUGUUUCUCCUCGCGACUAGUUACCAAAAGAUAAUAAUUUUUAACAAACUCAAAGGAGAAAAUUAUUUUUAUUAUUGUUAUUAUUUUAUUAUUUGUGUGGAUUUAAAAAAUUAUAAAUGAGUUAAUAAAGACAAAUGUGUAAAUAAAUAAAAUGUGUUUUAUUUAAAAGUUAUUAAAGAUAAACAUAAUAAAUAAUACUUAUAGUGAUGAUAAAAUUUCUCGAGUGCGGUUCAGCCGCAAACAUUCAUCUUCUUAUUUUUCUGCUCUUACUCACUGGGUUUCUCAUCACCGAUACGUACGCUCAGAAAAGUUUAGAAUUUUAUGAUCUUCUACCAGAAGAUCCAAAAUUGUAUGAUAAAAUGAGACCUCCUAAAAAAGAUGGACAAGCUACUACUGUUUAUUUUCAUGUUACUGUUAUGGGUUUAGAUUCUAUUGAUGAAACUUCAAUGACAUAUGCUGCUGAUAUUUUUUUCGCUCAAACAUGGAAAGAUAAUAGACUACGACUUCCUGAAAAUAUGACUUCUGAGUACAGAUUAUUAGAAGUUGAUUGGCUAAAAAAAAUGUGGAGACCGGAUUCGUUUUUUAAAAAUGCUAAAUCGGUAACAUUUCAAACUAUGACAAUACCCAAUCACUAUUUAUGGCUUUAUAAAGACAAAACGAUUUUGUACAUGGUCAAGUUGACAUUAAAAUUAUCAUGUGCGAUGAAUUUUUUAAUUUAUCCUCAUGAUACUCAAGAAUGUAAACUUCAAAUGGAGAGUUUGUCGCACACAACGGAUGAAAUGAUCUUCCAGUGGGAUCCAGAUGUACCCCUGGUUGUUGAUGAGAACAUUGAGCUGCCACAAUUACAGCUUGUUAAGAACUAUACUGCUGACUGCACUCAAGUUUACUCGACAGGUAAUUUUACAUGCCUUGAAGUUAUAUUUGUAUUGAAACGACGACUCGGUUACUAUCUUUUUCAUACAUAUGUACCAACAUGUUUAAUUGUUAUUAUGUCGUGGGUAUCGUUUUGGAUAAAACCCGAAGCUGCACCAGCACGAGUAACUCUUGGUGUAACAUCUCUUCUAACUUUAUCAACGCAGCAUGCUAAAAGUCAAGCAUCUUUACCUCCUGUGUCGUAUCUAAAAGCGGUGGAUGCUUUUAUGUCUGUAUGUACGAUAUUCGUGUUCAUGGCGCUUAUGGAGUAUUGUUUAGUAAAUAUUGUACUGGGUGAUAAUGAUGCCCCUUCAGCACCAAAACCGCCGCCCCCGCCGCCGGCCACUACAUCAACUAGUACUGGUGAUUCGAAACUUGAUAAAAUAUUUGAUAUUGCUUCUAAGGAUAACGCAAUGUUAUUAUCGGGUCGGUCACAGAAGUCUGCAAAUUUAACACCACCUCCAGGUCUUACGCCUGCUCAAAGAGCAAGACUACGAGCCUUAAACAUUGAUCGGGUUUCACGAGUAUUUUUUCCAUUCCUCUUUGCUCUACUUAACGUCACUUACUGGAUAAUGUUCGCUAAAUACAUCUAGAUGAACAGGCGAGAAUACACAACACAACCAAAUAUGUUAACACAUAUUUUAUUACUCCAUAUAUAUAUUAUUAAAAUAUAUGUCUUCAACGGUCUCGCCGCUGCCGUCCGAAGUCUUUUAUAAAUAAAAUUGUUAAAAAAAUAUAUAAAUUAUUUAAUUUUUAAAGGCUACUUCGCUACUCUAAAGUAGAUGUCACUACUAGUAGCGCGCCUCUCACAAGUGCUCGGCAUAAUGUCAGCUUUAAUACAAACGGUAAAAAAUUAUAAGAUGAUAAUUGUCAUCGGUAAAUUAUUUUGUCAAUCUUUAAUUAUCAAAGUAUCAUAAAAAAAAAAAAAAAAAAUUUGCCAUACAAUUCUCACCAUGUUAAAAAUUUCUAACAGCUUAGUUAUGUACAUACGAAAUAUACACAGACAAAAACGAUUUCUUGGCGAAAGAAAUUUUCACUCACUUCAGAAAAAUUUUCGUGGAGCGCAAAAAAAGUUUUUGUGUCAAGAAUUUUUUUCUAGUUCUAUAUGAAAAUUUUUAUCUUCAAUUUCUUGCACCAAGAAAUUAAUUUUUUCUGUGUAUAAAAUAAGUAAACGUGCACACUAUAGACGCAAAUGUUGUAAUACGUUUACUUAAUAAAUUUUCGGGUACAUUUAAAAGAUAUAUAGACUUUGUGAUUACCAAAUCACAGGUCACGGAAGUGGAAGUGAAUCUUUUAACAUUCCAAGAUUCAGUUCUUAGAUUUAUUGUCCAAAUAAAAUUAUUUUAUUUUACUAAUUAAAAAAAUAUCAUUUAUUAGACCUGUUAAUAAUAAAUUAUAAGAAAUUAAUCGCUAAUAUUUGUUAAAUAAUGUUUAAAAGAUAAAUAUAUACAUAUAAAUAUAAAUAACGUGAUACUAUAAUAUUCGGCUUAAUUGACUGCUGAAUAGUUUUAUAGACUUUUUUUAAUUAAUUCUUAUUUAUUUUAUUUAUUUAUUAAUGUAUUUAUCAAUAAAUAUAAAUCCUUAACAUUAUUUAUAUUCAUUCGCAUAUAAGAUUAAUUAGCUUUUGCUUACACGAAUAAAUUCAUUA